AACAUCACAGCAACCUAAAAUAACAUAAACAACACAUCAAAGUGCUGCAUGUCAGAAUGUGCAUCUUUGUGCCUUGUGUGAGUCUAGAUGAACCCACAACCCAACCCAAAGACUUCUUAAAGUCAACCACAUCAAACCGUAUAGUAAAGAGAAGCAGCGGAGACAGACUCUGUAGCUGGUCAUUUCACACGCUGACACCAGUGAAUCUCCAUCAGUAUAAAAGUCUCUUUGUAUGGCUUUAAGGUGGCUGUUACUGACUAACGCUCAGAGAUCAAACACUAAAAUACUUGACUCGACAUGAAAAGGUUCACUUUACUCUUCAUCGUCUCUUUAUUCAUCAACGGUGUGUUUGGUGAUGAAGUGAAGUCAGUGUCAGUGAUGAAGGGAGAUUCUGUUACUCUACACACUGAUAUUACUGAACUACAGAAAAAUGAUUUAUUAGAUUGGAGGUUUGGUAAAAAAGAGGAUCGCAUAGCUCAAAUAAACCGUGAGGCCAAUUUAAUUUCAGUAUAUGCUGGCAGUGAAUUGAGAUUUAGAGACAGACUGCAGGUGAAUAAUCAGACUGAAGAUCUCACCAUCACAAACAUCAUAACUCAACACACUGGACUUUAUCAACUAGACUUUACCAGAGUGACUCCUACAAGAAAAAAAUUCAGUGUUAGUGUGGUUGGUGCAGGUGGAGGGAAGUCAGUGUCAGUGAUGGAAGAAGACUCUGUUACUUUACUCACUGAUGAUCUUGAUAUCCAGAAAUAUGAUGUGAUACGGUGGAGAUUUCAUCAUGAAAACUCUCCUCUAGCUGAACUCAACAGAAACACUGCUUUCUUCUCUAUAUAUGAUGAUGUUCAUGAUGGGAGAUUCAGAGACAGACUGCAGCUGAAUGUUCAGACUGGAUCUCUCACCAUCACAAACAUCACAACUCAACACUCUGGACUUUAUGAAGUAGAUCUCAGCAGCACCAGCGGUAGUUAUACUAUACAUCAGUCAUUCACAGUUACUGUCAGUGGUAAAGUGAUGACAGUGUCAGUGAUAAAAGGAGAAUCGGUCACUUUAAAGACAAAUACUGAAAUACAGAGCUAUGAUCUGAUACAGUGGAUGUUUGCAUCUGAUGAUGACACACGGAUAGCUGUAAUAUAUAAACCAGACUAUCUGUACAAUAUAUAUGAUGGUGCUGAUGGGAGAUUCAGAGACAGACUGAUACUGAAUAAUCAGACUGGAGAUCUCACUAUCACAAACAUCACAACUCAACACACUGGACUUUAUGAACUGAAGAUGAACAGCACUAGACGAUCAAUUCAGAGGAGAUUCAGUGUUCAUGUAAGUGCUGCUGGUGGGUUUUACUAUCACUACAGAUGUCCUAAAGCAAUAAUACGAACAGUGAUGGAGGGACAGUCUGUCCGUCUAAAGACUGAUGUUGAUAACAUAAAGACAAAUGAUGUGAUCGAGUGGAGAUUUCAACAGGACAAAAUGGGCAAUGACAAACUGGUCUUGGAGCUGGAAACGGCCAGCAUCACAGUAUGA